AUGGGGACUGUCAAUCAAGGAUUCUUGGAGAAUAUUCCAGAUGAUAUGGAUAUCAAACAAUUAGACUGGUGCGGAUUUGUUGUAGCAUGUCUGAAAUCAAGUCGUAUGAUGUGGAGAAGAUUGGACGAUAAGUGCGUUUACAGUGGUCCCAUUGUAUUUCUUUUGUUGUUUUACCUUAGUUGCACAAAAGUUGAGGAUGCCACAUUUCAAAGUCCAACUACUGGAAUGAUGUAUUGGACAACAGACAUGUUAGAUAAGAGGGAGUUAGAAGAGUUGUCUAAAGGAGGUUUCGGAAAUGUAAUCAUAUCAUCACAACACAUGAGCAUGAACCACACUAAACAAGAAGAUGGCGAGGACGAUGAUGCUGCUGGAUCUGAAAGAGAUUGUAAAUCUCCUGCUGGUUUUAUUGAACAUGUAGUUCAAGAAACAUCACAAAGUGAAAAUGAUGCAGAUAACAACUUGAAGGAUAUUAUGAGCGAAAUUAACAUCGAAUUCAAUGCAUGCGACAAUGCAAUGCGAGCUAUACAGAAGUUGUUGAUGCAAGGUGUAAAGAAGUUUCCAGAUUCUGUCGAACUGCGCAUGUUAGUAACUAAAAGGCAUCACGAAUUCAAUCUGGCUUGGCCAGAUUUUUCAACAUCUGUUGACUCUCAUGCUGGGACAUUUUUCAAUGGAGCCGCGACACCUGUUAUGCCAGUCCGAGAUAAUACAGCUGAAACUAAAGUUGAUCAGUUUACGGAAGCUCAAAUGGCAGAUGAGCCACUUAUUGAUGUUGUGGUCGUUGAUCCAAACAAAGUUCUUAGACCAAUCGAGGACAGAGUGUCCGGUUGGAUUUUCGCAGGGCUGGACGAGGAAUGGGAUCUUGUAUUUGAAUCAACUUUUGGAGAUAGCGGACAUAGGGAAUUUUUGAGAGAACUACGCAGAAAUAAGAAGUCACCAUCAAGGAUGUUUUUAUCCUGCACACUUCUGAGCAACUUCAUACUGGAUGAGGCGAUUUGUAUUGAGCAGCGAUACAAAAGGUUUGUUGAUCGCAUGAAUGAGCAUAUCGAAAAAUUCAAACAAUGCACAAGCUUCAAAGAUGUGGACCUUGUAUUCUUCCCCGUGCUUGACAAUGAACAUUACUACCUUAUUGUCUUUGAUUUCAUAAAAUCCGAAUGUGUAAUCAUAGACAACAUUUACCGUGAAGAGUCGAUUGAAGUGCUUUAUGGAAACGUGCCUAACGAUCUGAAAAUAUUGUUUACUCUGUACAUUGAUGCUUGGAAUCAUCCAAGAAGAAAUUCAAUGAAGAGUGCAAUCAUAGAUCGUCUAUGGAAUGGAUGA